UCCGGCGGUUGGUUAGCUUGACGUCCGAGUGCAGGCAGGGGGAGGCUGCUGCUGCUGCUGGAUUCAGGGGACAAAACAUGGACAGUCAAGGGAAAAAAGUCGUGGUUUGUGACAAUGGAACCGGGUUUGUCAAGUGCGGCUAUGCAGGCUCCAACUUCCCCGAACACAUUUUCCCAGCGCUGGUUGGCCGGCCAAUCAUCCGCUCCACCGCCAAAGUUGGAAACAUUGAAAUUAAGGACCUGAUGGUUGGUGACGAGGCCAGCGAGCUGCGCUCCAUGCUGGAGGUGAACUACCCGAUGGAGAACGGCAUCGUCAGGAACUGGGACGACAUGAAGCACCUGUGGGACUACACCUUCGGCCCGCAGAAACUCAACAUCGACUCGCGCGACUGCAAGAUCCUCCUGACGGAGCCGCCCAUGAACCCCACCAAGAACAGAGAGAAGAUCAUAGAGGUGAUGUUUGAAACGUACCAGUUUACAGGAGUUUAUAUCGCCAUCCAGGCCGUGCUCACUCUCUACGCUCAAGGACUGCUGACCGGAGUGGUGGUCGACUCCGGCGACGGCGUCACUCACAUCUGCCCGGUGUACGAAGGUUUCUCGCUGCCCCACUUGACCCGACGCCUUGACAUCGCAGGCAGGGACAUAACACGCUACCUCAUCAAGCUGCUGCUGCUGCGAGGUUACGCCUUCAACCAUUCGGCGGACUUUGAGACGGUGAGGAUGAUGAAGGAGAAGCUGUGCUACGUGGGUUACAACAUCGAGCAGGAGCAGAAGCUGGCGCUGGAGACGACGGUGCUGGUCGAGUCGUACACGCUCCCGGACGGCAGAUUGAUCAAGGUGGGAGGGGAGAGGUUCGAAGCCCCCGAGGCUCUGUUCCAACCUCACCUCAUCAACGUGGAGGGGGUCGGGGUGGCCGAGCUGCUCUUCAACACCAUCCAGGCCGCAGAUAUCGACACCAGGUCCGAGUUCUACAAGCACAUCGUCCUGUCCGGAGGCUCCACCAUGUAUCCCGGCCUGCCGUCCCGCCUGGAGCGCGAGCUGAAGCAGCUGUACCUGGAGCGGGUGCUCAAGGGAGACGUGGACAAGCUGUCCAAAUUCAAGAUCCGGAUAGAGGACCCCCCGCGGCGUAAACACAUGGUGUUCCUGGGCGGCGCCGUGCUGGCGGAUAUCAUGAAGGACAAGGACAACUUCUGGAUGACGCGGGACGAGUACCAGGAGAAAGGGACGCGGGUGCUGGAGAAGCUCGGAGUCACCGUCAGAUAAAACGCAAACAAACAAACAAACAAAAACACUUCCCACUUAUCCUCCCUACAUCCUCCCUCCAUCCACUCCCCUCAGCUGAUAUCCACGCAUCGCUUACCGGCAAUUUCCACUGGAUGCGUAACGUCUGCGGAACGGCUC